AUGGGCAUCCUGCUAAGCUGCAAUGCAAUGUCCGCUGAAUACCUGUUCAUGACGGACAAGAUCUACGAUCCGCGUUUCGACACCGGCGAUAAGGUCAUUCAGUGUGGACGCCACAACGACAUCUUCAAGCUGUGGCUGCAGUGGAGGGGAAAGGGAACAUCCGGUUUCGAACGGCUAAUGGACCGUCUGAUGGAGUUAUCCGAGUACAUGGUUCGGAGGAUCAGGGAGCAGAGUGACAAGUUCCACCUCAUUUUGGAACCGGAAAUGGUCAACGUUAGCUUCUGGUACCUGCCAAAGCAGCUGCGAGGUAUCCCUCAUGACCAACAUAAGGAAAUAAAACUUGGAAAGGUAUGCGCCAAGCUGAAGGGGCGUAUGAUGCAAGCUGGCACCAUCAUGGUGGGAUAUCAACCAGACGAUCGCCGUCCCAACUUCUUCAGGAACAUCAUCUCUUCCGCCGCAGUCACUGAGAAGGACGUCGACUUCCUUCUCUCUGAAAUGGACCGACUUGGUCACGAUAUAAUCGUAGAUUAA